AUGAGCUUUUCAUCUCAUUUAAGAGUUUGUUUUGCUCAUUUAAAAGACAUGAGCUUGUUAUCUCAUUUAAGAGUUUGUUUUGCUCAUUUAAAAGACAUGAGCUUGUCAUCUCAUUUAAGAGUUUAUUUUGCUUAUUUAAAGAU